AUGGCACUCCAUUCUUUUGUUUUCUCUUUACUUUCUCUAUCAUUUGCAGCUUCGGAUGGCGGCCGUGCAUUUGAUUUCGGUACUAAAUCUCCUUAUCCGGAUCGCCACCGUGUUACCGACCUCUCACCUUUGGAUUCAGAUGGCAAAUGUGGUUGCAAAGCUGUACAUGUAAACGCCGUCAUUAGGCACGGGACUCGUUAUCCAUCUGUGAAACAACUGGAUGAGUUUGAAACACUGAAGAGUAAGCUACGAAACCUAUCAGACAUUAUUAACCACGCCCAGUACGGAUGGGCAGUGACUUGGGAAAUUCCAAUACAACUUACACGCCACACGUGCAGUUUAGUAACAGACAGAGGCUUGAGGGAACAAUUUGAGUUGGCCCAGCGUAUUUCUAGGCGACUUUCUCAGUUGUUUGAAAAAGGAUUCUCAUCUAGAUCGUAUGAGUUUUCUAGUACUGACAUGGAGAGGACAGCGAGAAGUGCAGCUGCUUUUGGAAUAGGCUUAUUUCUCGGAUCCGGGAGCCUAUCAGAUUGCAAACUUGACUCUGUGCCUAUCAACCGCACCAGACUUAAUGUUGACAACGAAAUGAGAUUUUUUGAUUUGUGCCACAAAUACAUUAACAAUGUGCAUGUUGAAAAAAACAAUGCAUCAUCUGAAAGAAAGAAGUUUUUCAAAGGGGAAGAGAUGAACCGACUAGCAAGAGAAAUAUCAUUGAAGCUAACAGGAAACAAGUCUGAUAAUGCAUUACUGCCGUACGAUGUGGUACAGAUGUCGAGGGCUUGUGUGUUUGAGUCUGUGUUUAGUGAGCGAGGCGAAAGUCCAUUUUGUUUAUUGUUUGAUCUCGACCAGUGGGAGGUGGUGAGCUAUGCAAUGGACUUGAAGAACUAUUGGAAACGUAGCUAUGGGUCUGAGAUCAAUUGGAAGAUGAGCUGCCCACUUGUUAGACAAAUCUACUAUGAGAUGAAAAACUACAGUGAAAACAAAAUAAAAGGAUCGUUUAGGUUUUGUCAUGCUGAAACAGUAAUACCAUUAGCAACAAUUCUCAAUCUAUUCAAACCAUCUGAGCAUCUUCUCGCUUCAAACUUUGCUUAUCAUCGCAAUCGUCAAUUCCGCAUCAGCAAAAUAGCUCCUAUGAGUGCCAACUUGCUGUUCGUUGUCUAUGAUUGUAAGCAAGCCACCAACAAGGACUGUCAGCAAACUAGCAGCAACAAUAUCUACAUCAAACUCUUUUUAAAUGAAGAGGAAACGGAGAUUCCUGGGUGCACGAAACCAACUGGAUUGUGUUCACUUGACGAACUUGGACAGCAGUUGUAUGAAUCGAUUUACAAUUGUAGGUUUGAUGAGAUGUGUAGACUUGGCAAUGAUGACGGUGGAAGUUUAGACCACAUAACGUCGUGGGUCAGUGGAUGGUCCGGCUAUUUAAUUUUCUACAUUUCAAUUUUUAUGUUUUCGUUCUUUUUAAUUUUCAAUUUUUAUUUAAUUUAUUAAAGCGACACUGUCAAGAUUUUAUCCUCGGAUACCUAGCGUCUAAACGCCCCCGCAAACUUGAAUUUAGGUAGAAAUUUUUCAAGUUCUCCAAAACGAGGAAUCGUUGGCAAGUGCGAUUUUACCUGUAGUUAUAUUGCGUUAUCUGCCACGUUUUGGCAAUAGAUCGACUUUUGUCGUGCUUUGAG